CAUAAUAUCUCCUUGUUCCCCCCCUCCCCCCAACCCACCGCUCCUCCUCCUCCCCCAUUCUGCCUCAACUUCAUUCUUCCUCCCUCUUCCUUGAUCUAUCCUACCUGUGAUACCCUUUUCAUUUCCUUAUUUGCGCAUCACCGGUCAUUAUGGCCGCCGCCGCCAUCAAGGAGACCGUCUCCAACCUUUUCCACAGCCAGCCCGAGAACACUCUCCGCGAGCCAUCCUCCGAGGAAUUCCAGCAGCUCAGACAGAAGUACACCGAUGCCGGACAAGGACACGUUUUCGCCUUUGUCGAUGAAUUGAAGUCUACCGAAAAGACCCAGCUGUUUCACCAGCUGAGCAAUUUCGACCCCAACCGGAUCAACGAGUUGGCUGACAAGGCUCUGAACCCUCCCAAGACCCAGGAAGGGCCCACCUCACUGGAACCCCUCCCCGAUGUGGCCACUGCAUCUAUCUUAGACUCGGAUCCCAGCGACAUUCAAAGAUGGUAUGAUGAAGGACUACAGUUGGUUGCGGGCAACAAAGUGGCGGUGGUUCUGAUGGCUGGUGGACAAGGAACGCGCUUGGGUAGCGCUGCUCCUAAGGGCUGCUUCGACAUCGGCCUUCCCAGCCACAAGUCCCUCUUCCAGAUCCAGGCCGAGCGCAUUGUUAAGCUCCAGCUCUUGGCCAAGAAAGUUUCUGGGAAGGAGGCUGCCAUUCCAUGGUAUGUGAUGACCAGUGGUCCUACUCGCAAGCCGACGGAGGAGUUCUUCCAGCAGCACAACUAUUUUGGUCUGGACAAGAGCAAUGUGGUUAUCUUCGAGCAGGGCGUCUUGCCUUGUAUCUCGAACGAAGGCAAAAUUCUGAUGGAAAGCAAGUCCAAGGCAGCCGUGGCCCCCGAUGGCAAUGGUGGUAUUUAUCUGGCCCUCCUCACUUCUGGCGUGAGGGAGGAUAUGCGCAAGCGCGGAAUUGAGCACAUCCACACCUACUGUGUCGACAACUGCCUUGUCAAGGUUGCUGAUCCCGUCUUCAUCGGUUUCGCCGCCUUCAAGAACGUUGAUAUCGCCACCAAGGUGGUCCGUAAGCGCAACGCUACCGAGUCCGUGGGCUUGAUUCUUCAGAAGAAUGGCAAGCCUGAUGUUGUCGAAUACUCUGAAAUUGACCAGGAGACAGCCGAGGCCAAGGACCCCAAGCAACCUGACGUGCUCAAGUUCCGUGCGGCCAACAUCGUCAACCAUUACUACUCCUUCCGUUUCUUCGAAUCGAUCGAGACAUGGAGCCAUAAGCUGCCUCAUCAUGUGGCCCGCAAGAAGAUUCCUUGCAUCAAGCCUGAAACCGGCGAGUUCUACAAGCCGGAGAAGCCCAACGGUGUCAAACUCGAGCAAUUCGUCUUCGACGUCUUCCCCAUGACACCACUGGAGAAGUUUGCAUGCAUCGAAGUGCGCCGCGAGGACGAAUUCUCACCGCUCAAGAACGCUCGGGGAACCGGCGAGGACGACCCGGACACUAGCAAAGCGGACAUCAUGAACCAGGGACAGCGCUGGAUUGAUAAGGCGGGCGGCGUUGUCGUCACUGAGGGUGAAGCAGUUGGUGUUGAAGUUUCCCCAUUGAUUAGCUACGGCGGGGAAGGACUGGAAUUUCUCAAAGGCCGUGAGAUCAAGGCCCCGGCGGUCAUUGAGAAGGAAGAGUAGAUAGAUCCUCCCACAUUACUGCCCGGCAUAUGGAAUAUGGACCAGCUUGAAUGAUCUUAAGUGCAUGCAUGUAUGGACAUAUCGAAGCACUACCAUUACAGCUCAGCUCAACUGCAGCGACGUUUCGAGGUCGUAUCGAAGUAGGGUAACAUGCAGAUACUCGUCUUGUGCUUUU